AUGGCAGGCCCCACGGGAGACGACGCCAAUCCUGCUAUCGACCAAAUUUCCCAACCAGAUACGAUCUCGCCGCGCGUCACUAUCGAGAAUCACGAUGGCACAUUCGACAACUCACACCUGGAUCUAUCCUCGGACAGAUCCAACCCUACGCAUCCGGGCCAGCAGCAGUAUGCAAGUCCCACGAGACAGCAUAAAAGGACGCCGAGUGCGCAUAGGGAAAUUAAGGCCGUCAAAGAAUUUUCCAAGACACGUCUACGAAAGCGUGCCCAAUCGAACAUACUUAGGCAAGGUCCGCAUCGAGCCAAGCGAUUCUCAGGACCAAAUGGCCCCUUUUCAAGUCCCUACGAUGUGAGGGCUGUAGAGAAUAACGACGCCCUCUACCUCAUCCGUGAGGAGGUUGCCAUCAUGAAAAAACUGAACCACCCAAACCUCGUCUCACUCAUUGAGGUUCUCGAUAACCCUGAAGAGGAUUCGUUGUACAUGGUCCUGGAGAUGUGCAAGAAGGGGGUGGUCAUGAAGGUUGGUCUCGACGAAGACGUGACCCCCUACAGCGAGGAAACAUGCCGGUACUGGUUCAGGGACCUCAUAUUAGGCAUUGAAUACCUGCAUGCACAGGGGGUUAUACACAGAGACAUCAAACCCGACAACCUUCUGCUCUCGGAAGACAACGUUCUCAAAGUCGUCGACUUUGGUGUGUCGCAAAUGUUUGAAAAAAAAAGCGAGAUGAAGACGAACAAGUCUGCUGGCUCACCCGCAUUCUUGCCUCCAGAGCUCUGUGGCAAGCAUGGCGAAGUCUCAGGUGCGGCAGCCGAUAUUUGGUCAAUGGGCGUAUCGCUCUUCUGCCUCAGAUACGGACGGAUACCGUUCAACCGGGACAGCAUAAUGAAGAUGUACGAGGCCAUCAAAUCCGACGAGCCGACGAUACCUGCCGAUGAGAAUCCCACCCUCAAGGAUCUAUUUAGCAAGAUCCUAGAAAAGGACCCUGAGAAACGGAUACAAAUGCCGCAACUUCGUGAACAUCCAUGGGUGACCAAGGAGGGAACUGAUCCCCUGCUUUCCGAAAAAGAAAACUGCGCUCAUCACAUUGAACCGCCCAAUGAACUCGAAAUUAGCCGUGCAUUCACGCGGAAAAUGAACCAUUUGCUCUACGUCAUGAAAGUUCUCUACAAAUUCAAGAGCUUGCUGGCAAAAAAAAGCCGUGAUCAAAGUACUGGCGAUAAGAGACCAUCGUCUCUUAGGGCUACGACUACAACUCAAGGAACUGGGACGGAAGAACCCGGCUUUGAUCCUAUCGAAGAGAAGGCCAAGGCUGAGGAGAUCGAGGCACUUCUUGAGGCGCGUCGUGCAUUUUUGUGCCGCAGCCAAGGAGCUGACGGAAGGCAAUGCGCCAUCCUCAAUGACUCAGGUCAGGAGUCGGGUGAUCAGGAGAAUCCGACACUCUUUCUAGGCAUUGGCACGGGCGCAAACAGUAACUUUUUCGAUGGCGAUGCCAGUCCCAAUGUUGUGGCCGACUCCCCGACAGCUGUUGAGUUUGACGUGUACGACCGAGCAUACGAGGACGCAGUCAGGAAGCUCGAGUCGAGCCAAGAGGGCAAGCCUACGGUCUACCGUACACGGUUUGUCGAGUACAAGAACGACUCGGGGGAACUCGAGGAGCAGUAUAAUACGACCCUCCCGACGUCUGCGAUGAUCACCACAUAUGAAUCCAUACACCCGUACAUGCCCUCCCUCCUCCUCUUUCCAUACGCUCCCGUCUCAUCUCUACAGAGUGCCGUAUCUGCCGUUCGUUACUUGUACGUUAUGGCGCGCAAGACGCGGGGAGAGGAGGAGGAGGAGGAGGAGGAGGGGAAGGCGACAACUCGAACCCUGCGUCAUUGCACCCCCGCUCCUGCUCUGGUCAUUCAAACCAUUCCCCCACCAUCUCUCACCCUCUUUCUCUUGUUCUUCAUCCGGCGUAUCGUGUCUUCGUUGCCGACACAUUCGGCCGUCGCAGGAACCAUGCCUGCAACAAAUCUCGACGCCUCCAGAAAGUCCACCUCCGCUCCCUCCUCCAAGCCGUCGUCUCUAAAAUCUGCCGAUGGACUCGUCAAGCCCCCCCCAAAACCACAAAAGUCACCCGACCCCUCCAUCGAUGAAUCUACCAAUGCAUUCAACGGCGACUCCUUGUUGAGGCCUGCCGCUGCCGACAAGUCUGAGAAGACGACGACGGUCAAGGAGCGCUUCAGCCGAAUAUUCUCCACUAAGGAGGUCCCCAAGGCACCCAGCAGCGCCAGCAGCGCAAGUGGUGAGCCCAAUGGCCGCGCAAGGGGAUCCUCGCUGAACAAUGGCACCUCGACCCCCAUGUCGCGCAACGAGUCCGCCUCGGACCAAGGGAAGCCGACCAAGCCUUCCCCCACCAAGGAGUCCUUCCAGCGCUUCGUCGUCAACCCGUCCCUGGUCGGCGGCCACGAGCACCACCUCAAGUCAAGCCGCCGGCAGGAGAAGCUGUCUGACAUGUGGCGUACCCUCAUCGGUGGCAAGAGGCAGGAUCUACCGGACAGCGACCUGUCCCUCGUCAACAACUGGGUAGAUGCCCUGCGGCAGGAAAAGGAUGAGGCUGGCGACAGGAGAGGUGGGCCCAACAACACGCCCACACUGGUCGAAAAGUACGGCAAGUGCCACGAGGUUGUCGGCCGCGGCGCCUUUGGAAUCGUUCGCAUCUCCCACAAGAAGAUAGGCGGCAGCACCGAGAAGCUGUACGCUGUCAAGGAGUUCCGCCGCCGCCCAGAAGAAACGGAGAAGAAGUACAGCAAGCGCCUGACGGCCGAGUUCUGCAUCUCCUCGUCGCUCCGCCACCCCAAUGUCAUCCACACCCUCGACCUGGUCAAGGAUGCCAAGGGCGACUACUGUGAGGUUAUGGAGUUUUGCGCCGGCGGCGACUUGUACACGCUCGUCCUGUCGAGCGGCCGCCUCGACAUCCAGGAGGCCGACUGUUUCUUCAAGCAGAUGAUGAGGGGCGUCCAGUACCUGCACGAGAUGGGUGUCGCUCACCGUGACCUCAAGCCUGAGAACCUACUGCUCACCACCCGCGGCGGCCUCAAGAUUACCGACUUCGGUAACGGCGAGUGUUUCCGCAUGGCCUGGGAAGCCGACGCUCACAUGGUCUCGGGCCUGUGCGGUUCCGCCCCUUACAUCUCCCCUGAGGAGUAUACAGACAAAGAGUUUGACGCACGCGCCGUGGACGUCUGGGCCUGUGGCGUCAUCUAUAUGGCCAUGCGCACCGGCCGUCACCUCUGGCGCCUGGCUAAGAAGGACGAGGACGAGUUUUACGCCCGCUACCUCGAGGGUCGUCGCGACGAGGGGGGCUACGGCCCGAUUGAAUCGCUGACGAGGGCCCGAUGCCGCAAUGUCAUCUACUCAGUCCUCGAUCCCAACCCCACCAGGCGUCUCACAGCCGCCCAGGUCCUCAAGUCGGAAUGGGCGCGGGAUAUAACGCUAUGCAAAGCCGGAGAGGAGGGACUGUGA